GAGCUCGGCACCCUGGGAUUUGAAUGUACCCUUGAAGAGGUUGAUCUUGAAGAUAUCACAAAGAAUCAAAUCAACACAAUAAAAGCUUGCACAUCUGAGGACCCAGGGACUGGAAACUGUCCGGCACUGGAAAAAUCUACUUUUGAUAUGAGUAAAUGCCUUCAGGGCAUCUAUCAGGAUCUGAAUGCCUACAGGGCAGAGCUGAAAAACUUCAACGAUCAGACGGUGCUGGCAACUAUCGAUGAAAUGAUGAAAGUAAGCGGGCGCGGCCGCCGGCCGCCGGCGGGCGCGGCGCUGACCUCCUUCAAGGAGAGGAUGAGGCUCUGCGGCAUCCUUCACGCCCUCCGAAUCCGCGCCGUCACCAUCAACAGGGUGAUGAACUACCUGACCUCUCCGGAGAGCUCGCUGUGA